UUUUGGAUAUGUAUAUUGUCUUGAGAGACUUCACUUGAGAAGACAUAGUGCAGAGACUUUUAAACAAGAUAUUGACCCAAGACCUCUGAAGUCUCUGUGACGUAUAAAAGGGAAUCUCCUAAUGAUCUUAGACAUCCUUAUCUUGUGCUGAUUUAAUUCAGUGAACAUACUCCAGGUUGCAGUAGCGUACAUUGGAUGGACAAGUAUAGACUGCAAGGCAAAAACAUAAAAGGAAGGAAGAAAGAGAGCAGUAGCUCAGCUUAAAUGUUUAGUAUUCACUGAGGAAAGAGAAGAAGAAUAAACAUUGUAAAAGGAGAGCAAAAAGAAAGAAAAGGCAAAGCAGGAAUAAAGAAUGGGACAGCAUUUCACUAAUGAGGAAGGAGAACCAGUUGAUAUUGAUGCAGCUGAACUUCAGGAAUGGUAUAAGAAGUUUGUGGUAGAAUGUCCAAGUGGGACACUCUUCAUGCAUGAAUUCAAACAUUUCUUUGGGGUACAGAAUGAUGAACAGGCUGCAGAAUACGUGGAGAAUAUGUUCAAGGCUUUUGAUAAGAAUGGGGAUAACACCAUUGACUUCCUAGAAUAUGUGGCUGCUUUGAACCUUGUUUUACGAGGAAAACUUGAACACAAACUGAGAUGGACAUUCAAAAUAUAUGAUAAGGAUGGGAGCGGCAGCAUAGAUAAACCUGAGCUCUUAGAAAUAGUUGAGUCUAUUUACAGGCUAAAGCAAGUAUGCCUACCUGAAGAACAGAAAGGACUCCCCCGUCUCUCUCCAGAAGAGGUUGUUGAAAGGAUAUUUCAGCUAGUGGAUGAGAAUGGAGAUGGGCAGUUGUCUCUGGAUGAAUUCAUUGAUGGGGCACGGAAAGACAGGUGGGUGAUGAAGAUGCUACAGAUGGAUGGGAAUGCAGGAUUAUGGUUUGCUGAGCAAAGGAAGAAAAGUACAACGUUGUAAGACUUGUCCACUUGACUAGAAAAGAUUGAUAUGGACUGAAC